AUGCCUUCCUCAGCCACCUUGAUCUUCAUGGUCAUCUUCUGCCUGGAGUCACUGGCUGCUAUGUUGCAGAAUGGCUUUGUGGUCACUGUGCUGGGCAGGGAGUGGGUGAGGUGUCAGGGACUGCCCGUAAGCGACAUGAUUGUGACCUGUCUCGCUGCCUCCCGGUUCUGCCUGCAUGGGAUAGGCAUCCUGAACAACUUCCUGGCUUUUUUUGAGUUUUGUUACCAAGUUAACUACAUCACCUUCUUCUGGAACUUCCUCAACAAUUUCACCGUCUGGCUUAUGGCCUGGCUUGCCAUCUUCUACUGCGUGAAGAUCUCCUCCUUUUCCCACUCUGUUUUCUUCUGGCUGAAGUGGAGGAUCCCUCGGUUAGUUCCCAGGCUGCUGGUGGGCUCCCUGAUCAUCUGUGGCCUGUCCACCACCUCCUUAGCCAUUGAGCAAGCGGUUACGGUUGAGAUGAGCACCUCCCUGGGUCCCCGUGGAAACUGUACUGCUGAUCGAACAACACUGACCUUCUCUCAGUACUACUUUUUGUGCAACGCGGGGUUCAUGUGGUUCGUUCCAUUCCUCCUGUUCCUGGUGUCCAUCUUCUUGCUCAUGUUCUCACUAUGCCGGCACAUGGAGCAGAUGAGAGACCGCAGGCCCGGGCCUCUCAAUUGCAGGAUCCAGGCUCACAGCAUGGCUCUGAAGUCCCUUGCCUUCUUCCUCAUCUCCUACACUGCAUAUUUCCUGUCCCUGAUCGUUUCUGUUAUGAGACUCACAACCGUCCAGAGUCAUUGGCACUGGGUCAGGGAAGUGCUCACCUAUGCAGGCAUCUACCUGCACUCCCUCAUCUUGGUGCUAAGCAGCCCCAAGCUGAGAAAGGCCCUGAAGACAAGGUUUUGA